ACUGUCUUUCCCUGUCCCCCACCUUUUGCCUCGAGUUUUCGCUUGUUGGCUUGGGAGAUAUCUUGUCGCUUCCCGCCCUGUCGCAGACGAAAUAAAAAAGGUCUUGUUGAAGACUGCGCAAUCGGUAGCUUGCUACGGAGUACCACGGAGCAAAGAGGCCAUGCACGUCCAGCUGGCGCAAUCUGGGGUCAUGUCGCGACUUGGCAUCAGCAUCAGGGGGGACCCGCCGAAGUACUCGGAUGCGGAUUCGGCUCCUGGUCUCUGGGACCAAGCCUUUUGCGGACUGGCCGACGACGACAGGAAGGAGCUGGAAAGCCUCAAGUCCGACGACAACCACAUGGAUCCGUCCGAGAUUGCGCGGAUAGCUCAGCGAAAACGGGACGAGUGCGUAAAGAAGCAGUGGAACCUCUACACGAACAAGGCGGGGGACCAGGUCAAGGUCCGGGAUUUGCUGUCGUCGGUGGUGAACUGGCUGAACCGGUUCAAGGAAGUCUGCGACGCGGCCGUGCAGUUCGAUCCCGUGCACGCGGCGCUGCCGUGGGCGGUGGUCAGGGGGCUGUUGAUGAUAGCCGUAAGCGAUGUGCAGACGUUCGGCACCAUGGUCGAGGGUGUCGAUCGAAUAUCAGCCUUGAUCACACGAUACGCAAAGCUCGAGUCGACGGUUCUCUUGCGGACUUGCGACCUCACCAGUCAACUGUCGUCUGCUUUGGUCAAGCUGUACGGUUCAGUGCUCAAGUAUCUUGCCAACACUUGUCGCUAUUACCGGAAAAGCACCCUGAAGAGGGCGCUGAAAAGUGUAGUCAACAGCACCAAAUCAAUGGUUGACGAGCCCCUGCUGCGCAUCGAGCACGACGAAGAAGAAGUUUUCAAGUUGGUUCAGCUUGUUCAGAAUGGGCUGAUUGGGGUCAAGCUUGACGACAUACUCGCAAGCAUACAGGAAAGCGUCAAAGCAGUACAAGUGACAGCCGCCAGCAUGCGUACCAAGCUCUCGGCGUGGUUGAACGGACCAGAGAGUAGCGGUACAUACGAAGCUUUGAUUCAAUAUCACCACCCUGGAACUUUCCAAUGGGCAUUGCAACUCGCCCAGUUCCGACUUUGGGCAUCGACCAACGAGUCGAGCCCAAAAGUUCUUUGGGUCCACGGCCCUGCUGGAUUCGGAAAGACGUUCAUGUCAGCGCAGAUGAUCAAGCAUCUGAAAAAGACCAUGACGCAGCCGCCUUGCUACUUUUUCUGCCUUGCAGACAAUCAGCUCACGCGCGACCCCUACCAGAUUCUCAGAUCGUGGCUGACACAGAUGCUCGACAACGACAAGGCCCUGCACAUUCUCAAUGGUGCGUCGGAGUCGCGCAGUCAGUCCGCCAAGCUGUCGCAUGUGGGUCUUUGGGAGUUGUUUGUGGCCGUCGGCUCUGCCAUUCCGGGCUGCACUUUUGUGAUUGACGGGUUCGAUGAGUGUAUCAACAUCGACAUUGGGGCACAGUACUGCGACAACAUACCUCGAGAGCUCUUCUUACGGGAUCUAAUGAUUCACCUGGCAAAGACAAAGUCUCGGGUCUUGGUCGUUAGCAGAGACACCCCAGACAUCAGGAGGUUCCUAGGGGUAGAGUCCCAGUCCGUCGCAUCCCCUGGCGUCUUGAAGCUCGAAUAUCAAAUCACGGCCAAGGACACGGGCGAAGACGUCAAGUCGUUUUCGGAGCACAUUAUCAACUCCAAACUCUUCAACAGAAACGCAGACCUGCGCCACAAGAUCGCGGCACAGGCGGCCGAACGGUCAGAGGGCAUGUUCCUCUGGAUCAAGCUUCUGGAGCAAAAGCUCUCGGGCGGACAAAACGCCAAACAACUGGCCAAGACGGUGACGCAGAUGCCAUCCGGCAUCAGCCAGGCUUACUCGCGGGAGCUCGACAGGAUAGUCAAGCUCCCCGAGGACGAAAAGAAGCAUGCGGUCAUGUUGCUCCGCUGGGUCAUGUUUGCCAUUCGUCCUCUUCAGGUCAAGCAGCUUGCCGAGGCGCUGGUGGUGUCUGGAGAGGAGGAGCUGGACGAGUAUCCCGAAGACGACCUUCCAGAUUGCUGGCAGCAUGGUUUCGUCGACGAGAGCUUUGUGCAGGAUAUGAUUCUAGCCCCUUGCGGGUCCUUGCUCCAAGUGAAAUCAGCCUCAGCCGAUACGCCCUUGGCUGAGCACACUGUACAUUUUGUGCACUUUUCCGUCAAGGAAUACCUCACCAGCCUAGCAGGACACGACAAGAACCAGCUUGGCUUUGACAAACCGGCUGUGGAGGAGUGGCGCCUGGCCAGCAUCUGUCUGCGUUAUCUCACCCUUGAAGUCUUCAAAGACACCGACUGUGAUUGGGAACAGUAUCCUUUCCUUUCGUAUGCCGGCUGGGCCUGGUAUUUCCCCAGCUUCCAGGCCAAGUCGUCGCCCCCGCAGGAUGCCAUUCAAAAGGCGAGGAGAAUCUUUGAUCCGUCGACGCCCAGCUGGGGUAUUUGGACACCCGUCAUGGACUCGGUCCUCGACUUUCACAGCGCGGCAGACGGCCUCGCUCUGCGGGCCAACCUGACCGCUACGGAAAGCAGGGCAGGAGACGUCGAGCCCGAAACGUACGAGACGGUAUCCGAGUCGUACUAUACCGAGGGCGAAGCCGAAGACGAAGACACGGAGGGCGAGUCACACACGAUGGAGAAUCACACGCUCGAUAGUGGAGACGGCAACGACGACCAAGAGGACGAGUUGCCCAAAGAUUCAAGCCCACCAGGCCAAGUCCCCAGCCCAGUCUACUACGCAGCCCUCCUAGGCCUCGAGGACAUGCUGAGCUGGCUCGAAGGACAAGGUCUCGACUUUGCUGCACCAGGCGGCCUCUUUGGCUUCCCACUGCAGGCCGCUGUCGUCGGGGGCAGCGAGAAGGCUGUUCGACACGUCCUCAAUUCGCCCGGUGUGCAGGUGUCGCAGCGGGGCGGAGUGUGCGGCACGGCCCUCAUAGCCGCCGUGGCAACCUCGCGGCACAAGAUGGCAGAGUUGCUGAUCCAAGCCGGUGCUUCUACGAAUGAUGUCGACGACAUCGGCGAGACUGCGUUGCAUUAUGUGACCACGACGAGAUCUGUUGAAACUGCAAGGCUUUUGCUGGACAAUAUGAGCGAGGGACAAGACAUCGACUCGGUCAAUGUUGAAGGUCGAACGGCACUGCACUGCGCGGUGGACAAUUCAUGUGGUGAAAUUGUCGCCUUGCUGCUGGAGAGAGGGGCCAACGUAAACACCAACGCCGCAAGCUACGGCCUCACCCCGCUGCACACAGCCAUCUACAACAAGGACGCUGCAAUGGUCAGCAGGCUGCUCGACUCGGGCGCAGACGCAGCCUGGAAGGACGAAGAAGGAUGGACCCCGCUGGAGGCAGCGGCUCACACGGGCAACGUGGACAUUGUGAACCUUGUCAUCGGAGCGGGGGCCAAGGUCGACGGAGACGAGGGCAUCCUCAGCGAUACCUCGCUGACCCCGCUCCAAAGGGCCAUAAUGGGUGACCACCUCGACGCUGCGAAAUGUCUGUGGGAGCACGGUGCCGACCUGAACAAGAAGAUGCGGUCGGGCGCCACAGCCCUCGAGGUUGCGGUCCGGUCCAACCGCGUCGGGGUCUUGAAAUGGAUCCUGGAGCAGGGGGCAUCCUUCAAGUUUAUAAACACAGAGUCGCUCUGCUCCGUGUUUGAAACCGCUGCUCAGCGUAGGUUCGUAGACGUCAUGCACGAGCUGGUCGCGGGGGGCGUCUUUCAGAUCUGUCCCAGGGGCGAACCCGGAACCGGCAGAGCUAGAGCGACCAAGUGGGACGACGACCACCUCGUCAUGCUGGCAUACAGCGGCGACGCAGACAGAGUCAGGUACCGACUGGCCGAGGCGUCCGGGUGCACCGAGCUCACAAUCGGGGAAGCUCUGCACGCCGCCUCGGCCAUGGGCCACCUGGAGACGGUGCGAGCGCUCCUGAACGGGCGACGACGGGCCCGCAUCAACGCGCGGGACGCGACCGGCCGCACCGCCCUCCACUACGCCGCCAACAGGCUGCAUGCAGCCGUCGUGGACCUGCUGGUGGACGCGGGGGCCGACGUCUCGCUCGAGGACGACGCCGGCUCGACGCCCAUCGACCUGGCCGUCAGGCACGGCACGCGGGCCCUGAGCAUAGCCCAGAAGCACAUGGACAACCACGGCCUCGCCAUCAGGCGCCGCCCCACCGUCAUGGCCGGCGCGGGCGGGCAGUCUGCCUCGGCGGUCCGGGACAUCCGGAGGAUGCUGUCUGGGUCGUGGGAGGGUCAGUACGACUACCUCACCUGGCGGAGGGGGAGGACCGAUCCCACCUCGAUCGAGAUACCUGCCAAGUCGGCAGAGGGCUUUGCCUUUUCGGGAGACGGCAGCGACGUGGUGGGGCCGUUCAAGUACCAUGGAUUCGUCGACCCCCUCGGCUUUGUCUGGUGGGUUAAAAUGUAUGAGGAGCUGGGGUGGCUAUACAAGGGCCGGCUGAGCGGCGAUGGGACCGUGCUCAAGGGGACGUGGGGGAGCAAUAGGAAGUUGUGGUAUGGGACGUUUGUGUUGAGGAAGCAAUCAUGAGUGGAGUUAUUAAGAGUUGGGCCGAAUAUGAUCGGGAUGAGAAACACUCGAGCAAACAACCAGUAUUCAGGCACUACCUUCUACACUGAGAGCAGUCCAUGUGCUAUUUGAAAUAUUUGAACAUCCUAUUCUCCCCAUCUUUGGUGCCGGUCAACUUGGAUGGUCAAGGCAGUGGCCAAAAGACAUAAAGUGACCUAUAAGUUACCGUACCCACAGUAGAUAAGGCUGAUAAAAGAUUAGGAUGUUGUGCAUAAUUGCGGCAUUCAGAACAGACUACUGCCAGCUUUGGAUAGACGAUAAAAUUAGGGUAAUAGAAUCAAUAGUGGAAUCCACCGUUGUAG